UUUGACAAGUGCCUGAUCACUCCAACACCGCUCACCGAAAACUCUCUCUCUCUCUCUCUCUCUCAUGCAAAGCAAAAGCACUCUCAUAAACCACAAACCCUAGCCAGUCCAAGCAUUCCGCCCAAAGUUAUACAUUGGUAUAAUCUUCCAUCUCAGAGUUUCAAAUUACGAAGAAUGGAGCGGUUAGGGUUCUUAUGCAUUCUAUAUGAAUGAUGUUGAACUGAGAAUUGCUAGUUCAAUGUAACUGUUGAAUUUCAGUGGAAUUCUUACUUUCACACCUCGCCCAAAUGGCCAAGCGCACAUAUAUGGUAGAAUGAGAUGAUCAACGGAAAAAAGGAAAUAGGCUGGAUUAAGACUUAAGUUGGUUUUAAUUUGGAGGAUAUUCAAUAUAAUGCUGGACACUGCAUUUUAGCAUUAUUUUGAACUGUCGAUACAACAAUUGCUUAGAGAAGUGAGUUAAGACUUUCAAUGGUUUUAAUUUCGAGGACUUUCAAUAUAAUGCCGGACACUGGAUUUUAACUGUCGAUACAACAAUUGCUUAGAGAAGUGAGUUAAGACUUUCAAUGGUUCAACUACCAGAAGGAUUGCCACCAUUCGUGCAUAUUAAUCAAAAUGAUUUCUCGGGUUGUAAUUGUGUUCCUAGGCUCAAAAAGCUAAAAGAAGAGGACAUUGCCAUCUGUGAGUGUAAAUAUGAUACCAUUGAUCCUGACAGUGCAUGUCGGGAGAGGUGCUUGAACUUUCUGACCAGUACUGAAUGCACACCUGGCUAUUGCCCCUGCGGAGACUAUUGCAAAAAUCAGAGGUUCCAGAAAUGUGAAUAUGCUAAAACAAAGUUGUUCAAAACCGAAGGACGUGGGUGGGGCCUUUUGGCUGAUGAGAAUAUUAAGGCUGGACAGUUCAUUAUUGAAUAUUGUGGAGAAGUAAUAUCAUCCAAAGAAGCAAAGCAAAGGUCCCAAGCUUAUGAAGCUCAAGGUCUCAAGGAUGCAUAUAUCAUUUCUCUUAACGCCAACAAUUAUAUAGAUGCAACUAAAAAGGGUAGCCUUGCUAGGUUUAUAAACCACUCAUGUCAUCCAAAUUGUGAGACUAGGAAGUGGACAGUUUUGGGGGAAAUAAGGGUUGGUAUAUUUGCGAAACAAGAUAUUACCGUUGAAACUGAAUUGGCAUAUGAUUAUAAUUUUGAAUGGUAUGGUGGUGCUAAUGUUCGAUGUCUGUGUGGGGCACCUAACUGUUCUAAAUUUCUCGGGGCAAAGUCUCCUGCUUUCCUGGAGCAUAACCAUGUGUGGGAAGAGGGCGAUGAAAGGUAUGAAGUUGAGAAAAUCCCACUCUAUGAUUCUGCAGAGGAUGAGCCCUCACUAAAGCUCCCUACCAAUAAAAGCUCCUUUGGACCUGAAUUCAUUGCCAGUGGAAAGAAUGAUUUCUCUGCAGUGACAGAGGGUAGUGUUGGAUCUGAACCUCAUUUGGAGUCCAGUGCUGUAGUUGUUGAGCCAUUCUAUUCGGUUCCUACAGAAGGUGUGGUAAUGAAUAGGGUAAAAACUGAAGUAAGUGAACAAAAGAAAUUAUUUUCGCAAGAUACUCUGCAUGUCUUUCCACCCAAAAAUCCAAUGAUUUCUCGAAUUCGAAGUAAUAGUACUUGCCGGAAUUAUCAAGUUGGAUCAGGCUCUGCUUCAAAGAAAAAAGCACCACAUAUUGGUAACAAAAAGUCAAAACAUGGUGGUGGAAAGCAAGUUGAUGGAAAACGUGUUGCCCAACUAUUUCUGUCAAAGGUGGCACAAGAGGAAAUCAUCAAAUGCGAGGAAAUUAAGAACCAAGCCACCGCCAAGCUCGACUCCUUAUACAGUGAAAUCCGACCUGCCAUUGAAGAACAUGAGAGGGACAGCCAAGACAACGUCGAUAUUGCUGUAGCCAACCAGUGGAUUGAUGUCAGCUGCGCUAGACUGAAAGCAGAAUUUGACUUUCACUUUUCCAUAGUCAAGAACGUUGUCUGUCUGCCACCUCCUCAAAGGGCAUCUGGUGAAGCAAAUCCUUCUGAAGCGACAAACAGUGAGAAUGAUGGGAAGUGAAUAGCAAAUUAAUUUCGAAUCUUGUGGGUGACAUGUGACCUUGACUUUUACUUUAUUUUUCUUCUUCUGAACAUGGUGGUGGUAGAUGCAACUUUGGGAACUCCAUUAAUCUGAACUAGAUCAUAAAUAAACUCAGGCACCUAAACCGUUUUCAUGUUUUAAAUUUUUAAUAAUUGUAUCUUGUGUUUUUUUCCUUACUUUUAAGCCUGUGUUUACUACUCUCUCUGGUGCCGAACUUUUUAUAAUGUGCAAGGGGAUCAUGAACCCGAGUAUUUGUAAGCAUCAGAAUCGGGCACUUGAUUCAUUCAUACAAUAAGAAAAGAUGGUAUGUGUAGCAUGAUUAACUUUUAUCUUAAUUUGGCCAGUUUGAGUGC